GAUCAAUUAGAACUCUGAAAACUUUGAACGAAAUGUAACCGUUCGACUAGAGCUCGUCGAAUCACUGUCGUUGUUUCGCGGGAAUAAAAGAGCAAAUGUUUAACCGCUCUGCUGCUCCGCGAUCUCGUCGACUGUGAAUUUUAUCCCGCUUCCAACAGGGUUGUAGACAUUAACCUUUCAAAAUGCCACAGCAGAAAGAUAUAGUAAAGAUUGCCAUCCAGAUGCCGGGUGCAUACCCGCAGCUCAUUCAACUAGAUCAGAAAAAGCCCCUCACUGCUGUCAUAAAAGAGGUUUGUGACAAGUGGAAUGUUCCAGGCCCUGACAAUUAUGCUCUCCAGUAUGCAGAUGGAGUCCAGACAUAUAUCACUGAAUCUAAUCGCCUGGACAUAAAAAAUGGCAGCAUUCUUCGUUUAACCAAAGCACCAGGCCGUUGUGCUGAAGAUCUGUAUAAAGGCAUUCAGAGUUCAGACUCAGGAGUGCGCUGUGACUCUCUGAAGCAGUUGGCAGCCAUCUCCACUGACAUCACGUUUGCUCAAGAGUUUAUCAGUCGUGAUGGACACUCCCUGCUCGUCAAGAUAGUGGAGGACGCUAACGAGGCUCCUCUGAUAAUGACACACACACUCACUGCUUUCAUGGAGCUCAUGGAUCAUGGCAUUGUGUCCUGGGAGAAUCUCUCCAGUGUCUUUACAAAAAAGAUUGCCAGUUUUGUCAAUGCAAAGGUGCUGGACACAUCUAUCCAGCAGGUGUCACUGGCCAUCCUGGAGAGCAUGGUGCUCAGCAGCAGUAGUUUGUUUAUUGAGGUCAAACAAGAAAUCACUCUGGAGAGACUCAUCUCUCAUCUACAGGUAACAAAUCAACAGCUGCAGACAAAGGCCAUGGCUCUGCUGAUGGCAAUGUUACAGGCUGCUGGAGAGGCAGACAGACAGGAGCUCUUUGACUUUCUUGAGAAGAGGAACCUACGUCAGUAUAUUCACAAGAACAUCAUCCACAGCUCUAGUUCAGUAGGCGAUGAAAUGGCGCACUACCUUUAUGUGCUGCAGACUGUCCGUCUAAACCACUUGGAGCCCCGCAUGAGAACACCUCUCGACUCUUACAACCAGGAGCAGAGAGAGAUGCUGCACAGUUUGCGUCAGGCUGCGUUUGAGAUGGAGAGUGAGAGCGGUCUGAGCAACGAGCGUCGACGUUCACUCUGCGCUAAAGAGUUUAAGAAGCUUGGCUUCUCGAAUAACAGUAAUCCUGGUCAGGAUCUGAGCCGCUGUCCUCCGGGCCUCCUGGCUUUGGACACCAUGGCGUAUUUUGCCUCCCGUUACCCUGAUGCUUACAGCAGGUUUGUGCUGGAGAACAGCAGCAGGGAGGACAAACAUGAGUGUCCGUUUGCACGCAGCAGUAUACAGCUCACCCUCAUCCUGUGCGAGAUCUUGCGCAUCGGAGAACCUCCCUCCGAGACUGGCUCACACUAUCACCCCAUCUUCUUCGCUCAGGACCGUCUGCUGGAGGAGCUGUUCUGUAUCUGCAUUCAGCUCGUCAACAAGACUUGGAAGGAAAUGAGAGCCACACAGGAGGACUUUGAUAAGGUGAUGCAGGUUGUCCGAGAGCAGAUCACAAGGACUCUGUCCAGUAAGCCCACGUCCUUGGAGCUCUUCAAGAACAAAGUGAAUGCUCUGAACUACAGCGAGAUCCUCAAACUCAGACAGACGGAGAGACUCCACCAGGAGGAGACACUCGCUCCUCCCGUGCUUGAGCUGAAAGAGCGUUUGAAGCCGGAGCUUCUGGACCUCAUCAGACAGCAGAGACUGAACCGUCUGUGUCAAGGGACACUCUUCCGGAAGAUCAGCAGCCGACGAAGACAAGAUAAGCUGUGGUAUUGUCGGCUUUCUCCUAAUCACAAAGUCCUGCACUAUGGAGACAUAGAUGAGGAGACUGAGAUGCCUUCCAUCGAGACUCUUCAGGAAAAGAUUCCUGUCGCAGACAUCAAAAAUGUGCUGACUGGCAAAGACUGUCCUCACAUGAAAGAGAACAAGGGAAAACAGACCAAGGAGGUGUUAGACUUGGCUUUCAGCAUCACAUAUGACGUUGAGGAAUAUAGUUUGAAUUUCAUCGCCUCUUCCAGAACAGAUUUCUGUCUAUGGACAGACGGACUCAACGUGUUGUUGGGCAAAGAGAUGAGCAGUGAGAGCAUGCGUAGCGAACUGGAGAUCCUCCUCUCAAUGGAAAUCAAGCUUCGCCUCUUAGACCUGGAGAAUGUCCCCAUCCCAGACACGGCCCCACCCAUCCCCAAACCACCUAGCAACUUCAACUUCUGCUACGACUUCAGCCAAGCUGAACAGUAACAUGCCGGACACCCAUAAAUGUUUGGUCAUCCGUAAUUACUGCAUUACCAAGACGGGAAACAACUGGAUGCUGGAAAAUGGCCACUAAGUGGUAGCUCUGACAGAGUAAGGUUUUGCAGUUGGGAGUGUAAAGACAUUGAAUGAACAUUUCAGGGCUUAAUAUAAGUUAGAGUGCCUUGUACAAUCAUAGAGAGAUUGCAGAACUUUUGAUCUAAUUAUGCAUCCUUCAAUGGUGCUGUGCUAUAAUCUAAGUGCCUGCGGUGAAUGAGAUGGCCUUGCAUUGGGAGUUGUUUUUUGUUGGCUUUCAGCAUGGAAUAUUGCAUCAAAAUGUGCCUUUCCGACACUUGUACGAUAGACUUGUAUGAUAUUCUCUAAUUAGGUCCUUACGCACACUUUUUGUGUUUUUUUUCUUUUUUUUUUUUCUAUUAUUACUUGUUUAGCUUCUACCAAACAAUUUGAAAUCUACUAAAUGGCAUUUAAUGAGACCGAGCAAUUUAUUAGGAUGGAAACAUGGAAAUAUUUGUCAGAAACAGUGUUUAAAGAUGUUAUUAGAGAUUGUUGGUAUCCUCUUUAAGUUUGUAGUGGCUUUAAAGGGAUCAUUCACACAAAAAAUGAAAAUUCUGUCAUUUAUAUAAAUUGUUUUCCAUUCAAUGAAAGUGAAUUGUUACAGAGGCUAAUAUUCUGACAAACAUCUCUUUUUGUUCAAUGGAAAAAAAGUCUUACAGGUUUAAAACAUGAUGGUGAGUAAACGAUGACAGAAUUUUCAUUUUUGGGUGAACAAUACCUUUAAGACUCAGAGUUGUACAUUUUCAACCGGUACAAUGUUAAAGCUUAAUGUAUAAAAUUAACUGUCAAUCAGUGCAACCCCAAUUCCAAAAAAAUUGGGACAGUAUGAAAAAUGCUAAUAAAAACAAAAAGGAGCGAUUUGUAAAUUAUAUUCACCCUUUGCUAAAUUGAAAACACUACAACUACAUAUUAUGAUGUUUUACCUUGUGAAUUUCAUGUUUUUUUGUUUUUUAAAUGUACAGUAAUUUCAAAUCAAAUGAUUGCAACAUGCUCCAAAAACAUUGAGAUGGGCAAUUUAAGACUAAUAACAUUUUGAUGAGUUGAAAUAACAAGGCGAUGUGCAACAGGAGAUGUUAAACAGGUGAGGCAAUCAUGUAAUUUUAUAUAAGGAGCCUCCAAAAACCGCCUAGUCCUUCAAGUACAAGAAUCAUUCGAGACUUGUCAAUUUGCCAACAGAUGCUUCAGCAAAUAAUCCAGCACUUUGAGAACAAUGUUCCCCAAAGACAAAUUGUAAGGAUUUUGAGCAUUUCACCCUCUACAGUGCCCAAUAUAGUUAAAAGAUUCAAGGAAUAUGGUAAAAUCUCGGAAACCACUUCUCAAUGCACGUGAUCUCUGAUCCCUCAGACAUCACUGUCUUAUAAAUAUCAUACAUCUUUAAUGGAUAUCAUGGACUUGGGCUUAGGAUUACUUUAGUAAACCUUUGUUAGUCAACACCAUCCGCCGCUACAUCCACAGAUGCAAGACUUAACUAUGCAAAGCAGAAGCCCUACAUCAACACUGUCCAGAAGCGCUGCUGACUUCUCUGGGCUCGGUAACAUCUUAGAUGGAAAGUAGAACACUGGAACCAUGUUUUUUGGUCUGAUGAGACCACAUUUCAAAUAGUUUUUGAAAAACACAGCCGUCAUGUUCUCUGGGCCAAAGAGGAAAAGGACCAUCCAAGCUGUUAUCAACGUCAGGUCCAAAAGCCAGCGUCUGUAUGGGCCAGGGGUGUGUCAGUGCCCAUGGCAUGGGUAACUCGCACGUCUGUGAGGGCACCAUUAAUGCAGACAGAUUUGUACAAAUUUUGGAGCAGCAUAUACUGCCAUCCAGCACAGUCUUUUCCAAGGAUGUCCCGGAAUUUUCAGCAGGACAACUUCAAACCACAUACUGGCUACAGUCCUGACCAUCUCCAAUUGAGAAUGUGUGGUGCAUUAUGAAGCGCAUAAUACGGCAAAGAAGACCCUGUACAAUUGUGCAGCUGAAGACCUGCAUAAUGGAUGAAUGGGGGAAAAUUCCACUUUUUAAACUUAAACUUGUGUCUUCAGUGCCUAAAUGCUGAAGAAAUGGUGAUGUUUCACAGUGGUAAACACUCGACUGUCCCAACUUUUUUUGGAGUGUGUUGCAAUCAUCUGAUUUGAAAUUACAGUACAUUUUCAAAAACAAAAAACAAAACAAAAAAACAAUGAAAUUCGCAAGGUAAAACAUCAUAUAAUGUUUAGUUGUAGUUUAGAAAAGGGUGACUAUAAUUUUAAAAUCACUCCUUUUUGUUUUUAUUAGCAUUUUUCAUACUAUCCCAACUUUUUCGGAAUUGGGGUUUUAUAGGCUUAAUCAACAGUUGAAUAGUUUGCAAGGUACAUACUGUAUAUCUCACUUCAGCUACGCACAAUGUGAAACUCAGCUAUACAAUAGUGAGUGAUGCAUGGGUGCCAUAAUUACAAUGGAGGCAUGUGCUGUAUAUUUAUCUGUUAUGUUUUCAUAAACAAAAGUCUGUUGCGUAACUAGAUGCACACAAAAGGUAAGUGUUUUGGAGUAAAUUAAACCUGUGAAAUUGAUUCCUGAGAGAAUUUAAUUGGUUUGGUCCAUAAGGAAAAUGGUUUGAAACUGAAAAUUUGCAUGUUGUAAUGGAGUAGUUUGCCCAAGUGUGAUCUGAUGACACUGCAUAAAUAUAUUGGUAUGUGAUUUGUAUUUUCAGGCUUGUAGCUUUAUCACAAAUACAAGCAUCCAGGUGUAAACUGAUAAAUUUACAAUUACACCUGAUAUAUCUAUUUUAUUUUGAUAAAAUUUCUCCAUAAAUGUAACUUUUUUUUUUUUUCUCAAAAUGCUGAUACCCUUGUAUGAUUUAUGUCAGUAUUCUUUAGGGAAGAUGCAAUGUAUUCAUGAUGAUUCUGUUUUUAAAACAUUAUUUAAUUACAUUUUAUCAAGAAUAAGGUUUCCUUAGCUAACUAUUUUUGGCUAAAGUUUUGAUUUGUGGAUUUAAUGCCACAUAACAAGCACUUAGUAUGCUGAUUAAAAUACAUCAAUUGUUUUAUGUUUCAAGAUCAAAGAAAUGUUUUUUUAAGGUUUUGAAGACCCUUUGCAAGUAUUUGGCUACUGCAUGAAUGGAGUUGAAAAAUGUGCUAUGAACUUGUGCCAUAAUUCACUGAUUUUAAGUGUUCUUUUGUGGUACUCACACAUCUAAUGAUGACAUUUGAUCUAGAAAAAAAUCAAUCCAUUUACUGUAUUCACUGUCCUGUACAUAGCUUUCUUUGUCAAACUUCUAGUAUUGUUUAACGUUUUUGACGUGACCACUUUAUCACCUGAAAAUGGUACGUGAUGAUAAUUCAAGAUUUUUUUUUUCCUUUGUAUGGAAUUAAAAAUAUUUAAUAUUGUGAAA